UAUUUUAUUUUUAUUUAUUUAUUUUUUUUCUGGCAACUAUUUCAUCUUCCUCUGGGUGGAUUGAUGGUGAAGAUUAUGCGGAUUCUCGCGCGCGUCCGUGCGCCGAAGCAGCACCGGUGCCCCUGCUGAUCCCCGAGCCCCCCCAGCCCCCCAGUCCCCCGGAACCCUGCGCCGCACCAUCACUCCAACUUAUCCAAAUGAUACCUCCAUCAAUCCUCAUCCUUCUCGCGUUGCUUCUGCAUUCAAGUGGCUCGGAGGCUCAGGAAAGUCAUGUCAGCAAGUUUCACCCUCCGGGCAGCAAGGAGCAAAACGGGGGCCACCGUUUUGGCACAUACCGUCCUCUGCCGUUGACUGAAAUUGACGUCACAACUGCCCUCGGGCUAGCAUUGCGAACGUCACGUGACCUAAUCCAGGAAACAGGAGUGCAGGAGUCCCAUCAGGAGAAGGUGAUCAUGGUGUCUGGAGAGGGGACGAUCCAUAGCCCGGAUUUUCCUCUCACUUACCCCAGGAACAUCGUGUUGGUGUGGAGACUGGUGGCGGCGAGCAACAUGAGGAUUCAGUUUACCUUUGAUGAGAGAUUUGGCUUGGAAGACUCCGAGGACGGAAUAUGCAAGUACGACUUUGUUGAGCUGGAGGAUCCGACUGACGGGAGCAUCCUGGGCCGCUGGUGUGGGUUGCAGGCAGCCCCCGCGGCCCACCUCACCAAAGGCAAUCAGGUCCGCGUACGCUUCGUCUCGGAUGAGUACUUCCCGUCCGAGCCGGGCUUCCUCAUCCGCUACGCUCUCCAGCCAGCGAUUCCGGCAGGAACCGAACUUCCAUCCCAGCUGGACCUGCAAGAGCUGUCGGCUGCCGUGUCGGGCCUGAGAACAGUGGAGGAGGUGAUGAAGUACUUGGAGCCCGAGCGCUGGCGGCUAGACAUGGAUGACUUGUAUAAACCGACGUGGCACGUGCUCGGCAAAUCCUUCAUCCAUAACAAGAAAGCCAGAGGAGGCGCCGACCUAAACCUGCUUUGGGAGGAAUCUCAGCUGUACAGCUGCACGCCGCGCAACCUGUCCGUGUCGCUGCGCGAGGAGCUCAAGCGGACCGAUGCCAUUUUCUGGCCCAGCUGCCUCCUGGUGAGGCGUUGUGGCGGGAACUGCGCCUGCUGCGCCCACCGCUGCUACGACUGCCAGUGCCAGCCCGCCCACGUCACCAAAAAGUACCACGAGGUUCUGCUGCUGAAACACCGCAGCGGCGGCCGAGGCCUGCAGAAGUCCAUGACCGACGUGGCCUUGGAGCACCACGAGGAGUGUGCGUGCGUGUGCAAGGACACCGAUAACGCCAACAAUAGCGCGCCCAUCGGACACGUUUAAACCAAAAUUGGACGAAGAAAGUAAAACCAAGAUUGGGACGGAUUCAAUCUCUUGAAUGUCGUGGAAUAUAUACUGAGACUACAAAUUCCACCGGCCUCUAUUUGGAGUGAUGGAAGACAAUUUGAGAUAAGGAGUUGCCUGUUCCUCACCUCUUUUGGGCUGAUAGUGUCACGGGAAAUGGGAGUUUCUUUUGUUCGAGUGCUUUUGCUAUUGGCUCCCCUCCAAAAGUAUUGGAACAGUGAGGCAAAUCCUUUUUUUUUUUUUUGCACUGCCAUGAUAACUGGGUUUGACAUGAAAACAAUGAAUUUUAUGAAAAUUAUGAAUUUUUCAUACCCCCAAUAUUAAAAAUUCAUAAUGAGUUUACACACUGUUAGAAUCUUUUUUUAAAUAUUCAGGACAAAGCAAAAUUAAAAUAGCCACAACAACAGUGGAUAUAAAGUUUUCAAAUGUUCAAAUGUUUUUUUUUUAUGAUAUAGAAAAAAAUUGAUAACACUUUUUCCACCAAUAAUGUGACUUGUAGUCAUGAUAACUAAAAUAAAAUGCAGAAACCUUUGAUAGUGCGAGUCCAAACAAACUGAGAAAAUGCAGUUGCUCAAGUGUGCACGUCCUUUUAAAAUUUGUGUUUCGACUCAGCCAAUCGUUGCUGCCGAUUAACCCCACAUAAAGUUCAGAUGUUCUAGUAGGCUUUUCCUGGCAUUAUGGUUAGGGGAAAAGCCUACCAGAACAUCUGGACUUUAUUUGAAGUUAAUCAGCGGUACUUAAAAUGGUGGCAGGUGAGUAAUAACUCCCAUUUAACAUGCGCUUGAAUGUGACUGGUUAAAUCUGAACAUAGCCACAUUCACUGUUUUUGAGGGUGUGCACACUUGUGCAAGCACAUGAUCACAGUUCUUUUUCCUCAGUUGAGUGCUAUAGAUUAGAAGUCACAUUGAUGAUAAAUAGCUUGGAAAUGAUUGACUGUCUUAUUUUUUUGUGCCACACAAACUUUUGAACGUUGGUGUCAACGUUUUCUAUCCACUGAGUAUGGCAAAUGUUAAAGUGAUACACACUUUUUUUUUAAUGUAAAAAUGUUUGAAACUUCUCAUUCUGAAAAACAUUUUGAUGUCCAACCCCAAUAGUAAACUAUUUGGCCUCAUUGUUCCAAUACUUUUGGAGGGGAUUUUUCAACCCAAAGCCUCCCUCGUGUGUAAAUAUUCCAUUUGUGCUUCUUUUCCUUGCUGAGGUGCCUUUUCUUCCCCUACCAAAGAGACUGUGGGUGAUUCAUUUGAGGCAGUUACACCUGUCAAGUAUUUAUUUCUCUGCCAAAAAAACAAACAAACAUUUAAGAGCAAACACAUCCAAUGUUUCUUUUUGUACAGUUCGACAUGCUUCCAUUUUCUUCCUGUAUAAUUUUUUUUUUAAAUGUGUUUUUCAUUCACUCAUGUUUAGUUAUUUAUCUACCUUUCUCUCCCCCUGGGCAACAACUGUUAUUUUAUUGUACCGAAAUUCUGAAAUAAACUCUUUCAUUUCUUA